UCCCCCUCCCCAACCCCCCACCCCAGGAGCCCCCCUCUCUCCUCGCCCACCUCCGCCGGGAGCGAGCGCCGCGGCUGUGCGGAAAAGCCAUGGGAGGCAAGACCUCGGCACCUGUUCAGCUGAAAUCAAGGGCUUACAGUAUACUGGGCACUCUGGCUUGGUGGUAGGAGCGAGCAAAAGGAAGGAGAAGCGAGCAAGAAAAAGUGAGAGAGGAUUGGAGCGACUGCCGCUGCCGGGAAAAAAAAAAAUAAAAACCCAAGGAAGAUAACUGGGAAGGAAAAGGAUUUUCAUGGCGCAGGCUGCAGAGCUAAGCAAGAAGACUGAAGGUUGCAUCUCUGCUCUUACAGUCUCUAACUGUCUAGGUCCAGAUAAUGAGAGAUUGUGUUGAGGAUGCUGCUGCUGCUCCCCUGUUCACUGUGGAAGCCAUCUCCAAAUUAGCCAUUACAUAUGGAAACUGGAGACCAGAAUUUUAGAAAAAGGGAUUAAGGCGUCUCAUUUUGGGGGGGGUUCUCUCUUUAUUUGUUUGGUUUUUCUUGGUUCUUUUCUCUCUUUUUUUUUUUCUUUUUCCUUUUUCCUUUUUUUAUAUUUCAACCAGAACGUUUCCGAUUUAAAAGGCAAGCCUCUUCCCGUGUGGUCUUUCUAAUUUACACUCUUUUCCGUGGGCUUUCUUACCUCCCUUUUUUGAUAUCUAUCUCUCUCUCUAUACCCAUUAUAUUAUUAGUCGGAAUUAUUAUUCUUUUAUUUUAUUAAACACACACACCCCAAGAAUCAGAAGGCGGUUGGGUAUUUGUAUAAUGAAGAAUUAUGGGGCUCUUUGACAGAGGUGUUCAGAUGCUUUUAACCACCGUUGGUGCUUUCGCUGCCUUCAGCCUGAUGACCAUAGCUGUGGGGACCGACUACUGGCUUUACUCCAGAGGGGUUUGCAAGACUAAAACUGUCAGUGAGAACGAAACCAGCAAAAAGAACGAGGAAGUCAUGACCCAUUCUGGAUUAUGGAGAACCUGCUGCCUGGAAGGGAAUUUUAAAGGUCUGUGUAAGCAAAUCGAUCACUUCCCUGAGGAUGCAGAUUAUGAAGCCGAUACAGCAGAAUAUUUCCUCCGGGCUGUUAGAGCCUCUAGUAUUUUCCCGAUCCUGAGUGUGAUUCUGCUUUUCAUGGGUGGACUCUGCAUUGCAGCCAGCGAGUUCUACAAAACCCGACACAACAUCAUCCUUAGUGCCGGCAUCUUCUUCGUGUCUGCAGGUCUGAGUAAUAUAAUUGGCAUCAUCGUAUACAUAUCAGCCAACGCUGGAGACCCCUCCAAGAGUGACUCCAAGAAGAACAGCUACUCCUACGGCUGGUCCUUCUAUUUCGGGGCCCUGUCCUUCAUUAUAGCCGAGAUGGUGGGAGUGCUGGCUGUCCACAUGUUCAUAGACCGGCACAAACAGCUGCGCGCCAAUGCUCGUGCCACGGACUACCUCCAGUCCUCCGCCAUUACCCGCAUCCCCAGCUACCGGUACCGCUAUCAGAGACGCAGUCGCUCCAGCUCCCGCUCCACCGAGCCUUCACACUCCAGGGAUGCCUCUCCCGUCGGGAUCAAAGGGUUCAACACCCUCCCAUCAACAGAGAUCUCGAUGUACACCCUGACCAGGGACCCGCUGAAGGCAACCACCACCCCCACCGCUACCUACAACUCCGACAGGGAUAACAGUUUCCUCCAGGUUCACAACUGUAUCCAGAAAGAGAACAAGGACUCUAUCCACACCAACACAGCCAACCGCCGGACCACCCCGGUAUGAAGCCGUCGCCAGGAGCUGAAAAUGGGGCAGGAACGGGCAGGAGGAGACAGGGGUGGGCUGCAGG